UCUCAACAACCCACACACAAAUCAAAGCUCCCCAUCCCAACUUUCAGUAGUUUGUAGUUAUGGUGGUUUUGUCUCAGCCCAUUCUUGAAAACUUCUCAUACAUAAACACAUCAUGCAAACCCACCACCACCCACUUCACUGGGAUUCCAGUGGUAGACCUACUUGACCCUGAGGCAAAAAACAUCAUAGUUAAGGCUUGCCAGGAGUUCGGAUUCUUUAAGGUUGACAAUCAUGGUGUUCCCAUUGAAGCUGUGGCAAAACUGGAGGCUGAGGCUGUGAGGUUCUUUGGGUUGCCUCAGCAUGAGAAGGACCAAGCUGGUCCUCCCAAUCCCUUUGGCUAUGGCAAUAAGAGCAUUGGCCCCAAUGGAGAUGUGGGUUGGGUUGAAUACCUUCUCCUCAAUGCCAACCCUCAACUCAUCAUGAAUUCUUCUCUCACCUUCCCUGGCAACUCUCAGCUUUUUUGGAAAGUUGUGCAUGAGUAUGUUGGUGCAGUUCGGAAGAUGAGCUGCCAAGUGUUGGAACUAAUAGCUGAAGGGCUGAAGAUUGAGCCAAGGAAUGUGCUGAGCAGGCUUAUAAAGGAUGAGAGGAGUGAUAGUUGUUUGAGAGUGAACCACUAUCCACCAUGCCCCCCUGCACAACAAGAAGAAAAGUUGAUAGGGUUUGGAGAACACACAGACCCACAAGUGAUAUCUGUUGUGAGAUCAAACAACAGUACAGGCCUGCAAAUUGCUCUCAGAGAUGGGACAUGGGUCUCUGUCCCACCAGAUCAAUCCUCCUUUUUCAUUGACGUUGGUGACUCCCUCCAGGUACUGACUAAUGGGAGGUUCAGGAGUGUAAGACACAGAGUUAUAGCUGACAGUUUGAAGGGUAGAGUGUCAAUGAUAUACUUUGGAGGGCCCCCAUUGAGUGAAAAGAUAGCACCUUUGCCUUGUUUGAUGGAAGAAGGAGAAGAAAGUUUGUACACAGACUUCACAUGGUCUGAAUACAAGAAGUCAGCUUACAAGACAAGGUUGGGUGACAACAGACUUGGCAUUUUUGAGAAGAAAAUUCAAGUUCCUCUCUAGCUCCCUAUAUAUAUUCCACAUAAUAAUUUAUUAAUUAUAGACUUACUCAAAUAUUUUCAUCAUCCUAUCAUGUAUGUGCGUGUAUUUUAUUUAUGGAAUUUGGGUUUACAA